AUGUCCACUGAAAAGCAAGAUGAUGAGAUUGCUAACAAUAAUGAAGCAGAUAAGAAGACAAAAGCUAUCAAUCUGGACAGAAUUUUAAUUGAAGAGAUAGGAGAAAUAGGUCCCUACCAGCUUCGGAUUCUGGCGCUGUCUGUAAUAGUGGUCAUCUUUGCUGGGUGGGCUGCAACUGAGUACAUUUUUACUGCUUCUCGUAUUACCACCAGAUGUUUGAUACACGAAUGCGAGGACCUUGAAACAACAGAGUUUAGGCCAUCCUGGAUUCUGAACGCUGUGCCAGAAAGCGGAAGCUCCUUCGAUAAUUGCAGGCGAUUUGCUGGCGUUAACCAAACUUUGGGCAACAAUGUGUGUCCUGCGGACUUGUUCGAUCGUGGAAACAUUGUGGAGUGCGAGGAAUUUGUGUACGAGAACACGGACAGCGCUGUUUACGAUUAUGGGCUAGCGUGUGAUGAAUGGCGUCGAACCCUCAUCGGCUCGAUACGGACAUUGGGGACGCUAACCGCUCUGCCCAUCACCGGCUACGUCUCGGACCGCUGGGGCCGCCGCGUGGCGCUCACCCUCAACGCCUUCAACACCGCCUGGAUAGGAGUCUUGCGAUACUUCGCCGGCACCUACGCAGGUUUUCUCAUCUCUGAAGUUGCGGAGGCGACGUUUGGAUCUGCUGGGUUUUCUUGUUGCUACAUAUUACUGAUGGAACUCAUGGGUCCACGUUAUCGUGUGGCCGCUGGAGCAACUAUGAACACGUUUUUCUCCGUCGGUCAGAUAACAAUGGCUUUCAUCGCUUGGGGAGUCCCUAACUGGAAGAACCUUACGCUAACACUGUACAUACCACAAUUAAUAACAAUUUUAUACUUCUGGAUUAUGUCCGAGUCGAUACGCUGGUACAUGAGCAAGGGACGUUUCGAAGAAGCAGAAAAAGUCCUCAAAGACGUAGCACGAGUCAAUAAGAAGACUCUUUCGGAAAAGUCUUUACAAGGCUUAAGAGAAAGCGCGUUAGAGGAAGAGAAGAGGAAGGCGGCAGAAGAAGCAGAGAGAGCGAAAGAGCCUUCGUUAAUCGUGCUCGUAUUCAGAUACAAAGUGAUAUUGACCCGAGUAGUCGUGUCUCCGGUUUGGUGGAUAACCAACACUUUCGUGUACUACGGGAUGUCUAUCAACUCGGUGCUUUUGUCGGGAAAUAGAUAUUUAAACUACGCGGCCGUUUCCGCGGCUGAGAUACCGGGGUACUGGACGGCAGUGUUCCUGAUGGGAAAGAUCGGGAGGAAGCCUGUACUCGCCGGGGCGUUCUGGACUUGUGCUGCUUGCCAGAUAGCGUACAUCUUCGUACCUGAUGGUCAGUACGGAUUAUCCCUGGCGUUGUUCCUUGUUGGCAAGUACAGCAUAGCCAUGGUGAUGACGUCAGUGUACGUGUACACCGCGGAGCUGUAUCCUACCAAGUACCGCCACAGCCUGUUUGCUUUCUCCUCGAUGAUGGGCAGGAUCGGAUCCAUAGUGGCGCCACUCACACCUGCCUUUGGCGCAGCUGUUUGGGAUAAUUUACCUUUCGCUCUAUUUGGGGGCUUCGCACUUAUAUCGGGAGCUUUAGUGCUCAUUACUCCUGAGACUCUGGGGUCGAGACUUCCCGACACCAUGGAAGAGGCUUCAUUGAUAGGUGUCAAGAAAAAGAAAUCCGUUGCCUGAAUAUUCUGUGACGUGUCUAAAUUUUCUGACUAUUGUAUUGUUUAUGUUACAUUAAGAUAUAAAAAAUAUAAUAUACGUAUAA